GCGAAUCCGUCAGUCAGUCGUGCCGUUCACACCCGGUCGAGUCGUACGCGAGUAAUCGUACACCGACUCCGCUACCGCUGUCGUCGUAUUUUUUUUUUGAAUAUCGGUUAUAAAAAUAAUAAUUAAUAAAUUAUAAAAUAAUUUCAAACGAGGAAAUGCAUGAGAAUUCCAACUGUUGAUUUCGCGAGUUUUUCGUCCGUCGGGUGUGCGGUAAUUUUUCCGAAUUCGAAAAUUUUUUUUCCACGCGUGUUUUCGAGUUAAGUUCCGGAAACACAGAAUAAAAAUACGAGGAUUACCUAUAUUCCAAUAAUAUUAUACAUACUUCGUCGUGUCGCGGGCGGUCGCGAAAGUGUCUGCCACAGUUUCCGCGCACAACCGUGCACAAUAUACAACUUAAUACUAUACGCAUAAUAUUGAAUAAAUAGGAAAGGUACCUGUAUAUACCUCCAAGUCCGCCAUCGAGCCGCCCACACCUCCGAGCCCGACAUGCGGAGGUUUUUGUUGGCGGUAAUCGUGUUGUCGGUGCACCGUCGGUGGGACGGAUGCGCCUACCCGACGUCUGCGGAGUCAGACGGAGAAUGCCGCGUGGCCGUACAGCGGUUCCGGUCAGUCGGCCUAUACGACACUCCGACGUCGCGGAUUGACCAAGGAGACAAUCUGAAAGUGUGUCAGUCGAGGAAGAGCUGUUGCAAUGCCGCCACCGAGGCUCGGCUGAUAGACAUGGUGGACAGCGAAUACAAGAGACACCUGGCCACGCAGGCGGGCUACGUUUAUGACCUGCUCAAUUCCACCGCCCAUCACUUGCAAGAUCACAUGACGCACAUGAUCCGGAAGUCCAAGAGCAAAACGGUUCGGGUGCUGGCGGAUGUGUACGCGAGCAUCGAAGAACCUGCCACGGGUCCGUUGGACGCUUUUUACGGGCGGCUGUCGCGGUACGUGCACGAGGACCCGGAAACGACCCCGGCGACGAGCCUGGAGGACGCGGCUUCCCGGCUGUUCUCUGACCUGUUUCCGGUCGUCUACCGGACGGUGGCCGCGGCUGCGGAUAGACCGGACGGCGGCGCGACCGAGUUCGACGAGGAUUACGUCCAGUGUCUAGCUGGCAAAGCGUUUGACGUUAAACCGUUCGGUGACGUGCCGUACACGCUGGCCAAGGACAUUUCCAGGACGUUUGCCGCCACCAACGUACUCGUACACGCACUCAGAUAUGGCGGGCAACUGGUGGACGAAGAGCACUCCCGAUCGUGGCUGGGCUACGGAAAUACGGAACAGUGUUCGGCGGCGCUGACCCGGAUGAGACAGUGCUCGUGGUGCGACGGCAAGGACGCGAAACCGUGUCACGGGCUGUGCGUGAACGUGAUCCGCGGGUGUCUGGCCAGGGAGACGGCGCACCUGGACGCGCCGUGGACCGGAUACUACGAGGCCGUCGACCGGCUGGUGUCGGCCAUCAACAACGGUCAGUCGUCGGUGUGUCUGGAGGACCUGCUCAGAUCCCUGCACUCGAGGAUAUCCGAAGCCAUCAUGUACGCGAUGAACCACGCUUCCGACAUACAAAACAACGUGAAAUACUUCUGCGGUCCUGCGAGGUGGAACACUCAAGCCCCGGCUACAGUUUCGUCGUCGGGCGUGGCCAAGACGCCGGAGAGCCAGGAAGUGUGGAACGUCGAGGAAGAGGACCUUAGCACCGCGCUGCUUACAUCCAAGUUGACCAAGUUCUCCGACCCGGAAACCGCGGUUAGGGUCCGGGGACUGUUCUCGGACAUGGCACGGUCCAUGUGCACAAACUACACGACGACGGACUGCUGGAACGGACGAGCGGUUGGAGAGUAUACGGAUAACGUCGUCGGUCCGUUGUUGAGCGCUCAAAUGUACAACCCGGAAUUCGAUUGGACGGCUUCCAUCAACACACAAGACAACAAAGAGGCGGAAGUCAUCGACAAGCUCAGGCACAUCAGACAAACUGUAUUGAACCAAUUGAGUUCGAGUCCACAAUCAGACUCGUUCAUGGCCGACGAGGCCGAAGGGUCCGGCGAAGGCAGCGGCACUGGCAGGGGAGGUAACUCCGGCUGGGACGACGACGACGAUAACGCAGACUACUCAUCGGGCGAAGGUUCCGGCGAAAAUCCGAUCACCACUCAGUUACCCAACGGCGACGAUUCACAAUUCAAACCGACUGAUAAUUCGGGACCGAAUUCGAGACCGGACGUUGUGAUGAACGGCAACGAACCGUCGGGCGCCGCCCCGUCUACACGACUGCACGCACCCCUAUUGAUAACGGUGUGCAUGAUGGUCAUCCCCGCGUUGCAGCAGCUGCAGACGAGGAUAUAUUUUUGAACAUACUUUUUAUUUUUUGUUUUCGUCGCGUUAAGUUAUUAUUAUAUAUUGUUGUUAAGUAAAACUUUGUUCUUGGAUUUACUCGGCUUUUCUUUAGGGUACCUUUUCGAAAAUAUAUAUAUAUAUGUACAAGUUAUAACACUUCUGGACACAAAUUAAUCGUUUAAUUGUUUUAAACUUUUCUUUUUUCCAAAAUGAGACUACUUUUUAAUUUGUCGUCAUUAUAUAUUUGUUUUUUUUUUUACGUCCUUUAGACUGAUAAAAUUUGUAUUCAUAUGAUAUUAUUUAUGUGUAAAAUGUUCUCUGUAACCUAUAUAUGUUUGUAUAUGUUUGUUGUCGAAAACCAAGCGCAAUAAUUUGUAAUAACAAUCGUUAAUAUAAUAUUAUAUAUAUAUAUAUUAUAUACCAUUAGGCUUAUAUUAUUAUACUAAUACGAAAUAACCCAAUUUUUAACUUUGUCUUUUAACGGUUUAUUUGUUGUUCUCGAGCAAUACAUAAUAAUAAUUUAUAUUUUAAAAUAAUGUAAACUUACUAUAAAACAAAAAAAAACAAUGUACAUAUUCGUUUAGUUUAGUUUUGAACACUUAUCCGUAAUAAUCUGUCUAUAUAUAUAUAUUAUAUUGUUAAGCUCGUUUAUUCGAAGCAAGAUUUUGUAUUUUCACUAGUUCCACAUUUUUUAUUUGUAAUUCUUAUUUUUACUUUUCUCACUCAUGGCGAUAUGGUUUUAUUUUUUUUUAUGAGUCAAGCCGGAGAAUGACAAAAAAGGCUGACUCCAGAGCACGAUUUUCACGCCAUAAUACAUCGUACGUAGACUAUUGUCUAAAAUAAUAUUUCAAUACACGAACAAACAGUAAACAAUUUAUUAAUUUAAUAAUAAUAAUACUAUAAUAUAAAGUAGCUUAUGUGUAGUACAUAGGUAAUAUUAUAUUAUAUAUAGGUCAUUAUUAAUUACCGUCGUAAUUUUGUCGUCGUCGUUUCAAGAUGGAAUCGGAUUUUAGAUUUUAAAAAAUGAGAGAGAGUGAGAGAGGGAAAUAAAAAAAAUAACGACCCUCGAAGAACGUAUAUGGAAGAACGAGCCGACAUAAUAUUUAUUAUUAUAUAUAUGAUAUUGUUCAUUUAUUUUUUAAAUUAUUAUUAUUAUCAGAGACACGUUUUUUUGUGUAACGCGUUUUUUUUUACCGUGAGACGUAAUAUAUAUGAUAUCGUGUGAAUGCACUUAUGCUAUGUGCAACAUAAUAUAUAUGCAGCAGACGCUACGACACCGAUAACGGGAUUGUGGGCACUGCACGCGAGUGUGGUCGUCAUCGGAUAUUCAUAUUGGGCUUCCAGCGGGUGAGAGAAUUGCUUGCUAAAUAAAAAAUAAAAUUUCCUAUAUUUUUCGACGUUGAA